GCUAAAUGCUAUUAAAGUAAAUGUCAAAUCUCAUUUCAAGCACACAGACAGUGAAGAUGACAUCCACCAGCAGAUCUAGAAGUUACCUAUGUAUCAGAGAUUCUCACAUCACUUUCAAUUCUCUCUCUGUGCCAUCUGGAAAAUGUAAUUACACAUCACUAGUGACAAGCACCUUCCUUUUAACCACACUCCUGCACCUGGCUCUCUCACUUCAGCAAGGCUUCCUAUUGCUCCCAGCACAGAGUGCAGAACCACUCCGUCAGCUCACGGGCAGCAUGUGAGCACAGCUUCCCUUUGCUGUUCCUACAGCUUGAAACAGAGAAGCCCUGCGUAUGACUGGGGGUUCUGGUAAUGCACAAUAUAACCCACAAAACCUGAAUUGCCCGAAAGGAUCCCAUUUAGCAUGGGUUGCAGCUGCUUGGUCCACUGCCAGAGCCUCGAUCCCACCACUCGAGCUCUGCCCCACAAGGUCAGGUGGAUGUGAAACUAUCAUAAUGUAGCACUUUCCAUUUACUUUGGCUUUAGCAGUAUUGCAGACAACACUACGCUGAUCCUUUUUCAAUAAAUGAACUUCUUUUAGGGAAAAAAAGUACUUGGAGCAUUCCCACUAUCAUAGCCUUUAUGAUGAUAAGGAAGAUGUCGGACUGUUAACUCUUUGGGGCAGGGAACGAGACUUUUAUCUCAGAGCGGAGCUCCUGCAUCUCAGGCACUGCCUGAAACAAAACACCCGUAGCUGCUGCAGGAAGUCACAGCGUGUGGUGUGGUUACGUUCUGCUGCUGAGCAGCUCUCGGGACAGCCCCGAGCCCUUCAGUAGUGUGGGUCACAAAAGGCAGCGAGCGGGGUCCACGUGCAGGAGAGGCACUGGCCCUGUGCAUCCCUGGAGAGAGGGAGAAGCCCUUUGCACAGGCCACAGUGCCACAUUACAGACUGAAGAACUGAUUGAUGUUUUGGGGGUUUUUUUGAUAAACAACCUCCUUCUGGCCAUUUCUUAUCCAAGAGCCAACGUUUCACCUUUCUCCGCUGUCUGCUCUGUACGCGCCUCGUCACCAAAAACAAAGCAAUAAGGCAGCCACUAAGAGUUGUGCUGCUUGUGAUGUUUUUAAACUGUGACACGGCCCCAUUCCACUCCCCGGGGCGGUGAGGGCACAGCUGACGCACAGGAAAAGCCACCGGGACAGAGCUGGGGCAGCAUAAAGCGUGGGGCAGACGGCAGCCGCGCCUGGGGACACCGCCAGCAGCUCAGGGACCUCUUGCACAGCAUGUCCCAAUGGAGUCAAGUUCAACAACUGGAAAUAAAGUUUUUAGAACAAGUUGACCAGUUCUAUGAUGACAACUUUCCCAUGGAAAUCCGGCAUCUGCUGGCACAAUGGAUAGAAAGCCAAGACUGGGAGGCUGCAUCCAACAACGAAGCAAUGGCAACCAUCCUUUUACAGAACCUCCUAAUCCAAGUGGAUGAGCAGCUAGACCGAGUUUCACAAGAGAAGAACCUUCUCUUGAUACACAACCUAAAAAGAAUCAGAAAGCUGCUUCAGGGGAAAUACCAUGGUAAUCCCAUGCACAUAGCAGUGAUCAUCUCAAACUGCUUAAGAGAAGAAAGAAGAAUAUUGGCUGCAGCCAGCAUGCCCGUGCAGGGACCACUGGAAAAGUCUUUGCAGAACUCCGUGGUUUCAGAGAGACAAAGAAACGUGGAACACAAAGUGUCAGCCAUUAAGAACAGUGCCCAGAUGACUGACCAAGAUGUCAAAUACUUGGAAGACUUGCAAGAAGAAUUUGACUUCAGGUAUAAAACAAUACAAAGUUUAGAGCAGAGCGACAAAAACAGCGCCCUCAUUAAACAGGAAAUGUUGGCGUUGCAGGCGAUGCUCAAUACGUUAGACUACAAGAGAAAGGAAGUACUAAGUAAAAUAGGCCGUGUCAUCCACGAAAUUGAUAUGCUCAUGAGCAACAUGCUGACCGAGGAACUGCUGGACUGGAAGAGACGGCAGCAGAUUGCCUGCAUCGGGGGUCCCCUCCACGGGGGGCUCGAUCAGCUCCAAAACUGUUUUACGCUGUUGGCAGAGAGUCUUUUUCAAGUUAGAAGGCAACUGGAAAAACUGGAUGAGCUGUUGACCAGACUGACAUAUGAUGGGGAUCCCAUCCCAGUGCAAAGACCUCAGCUACUGGAAAAAGUCAAUUUCCUGCUCUACAACCUCUUCCGCAAUUCAUUUGUGGUCGAAAGGCAGCCCUGUAUGCCAACACACCCCCAGAGGCCAAUGGUUCUUAAAACGUUAAUACAGUUCACUGUAAAAUUAAGGUUGCUAAUUAAAUUGCCAGAGCUGAACUACCAGAUCAGAGUGAAAGCAACUAUCGACAAGAAUGUUUCAACAGUAAGCAAUCGUAGAUUCGUUCUGUGUGGAACACACGUGAAAGCCAUGAACAUGGAUGAGUCAGCAAAUGGCAGCCUGUCAGUAGAAUUCCGACACCUGCAGCCGAAAGAAAUGAAAUCAAGUGCUGGAAGCAAAGGAAAUGAGGGCCCUCAUAUGGUGACUGAAGAGCUGCACUCCAUCAGCUUUGAAACACAGGUCUGCCUGUAUGGACUGACUAUCAAUUUGGAAACGAGCUCUUUGCCUGUAGUGAUGAUUUCCAACGUCAGCCAGUUACCCAAUGCAUGGGCUUCUAUUAUUUGGUACAACCUAUCAACCAACGAUCCUCAGAAUUUAUCUUUCUUUAACAAUCCCCCUGCUGCCACUCUAAGUCAGCUCUUAGAAGUACUGAGCUGGCAGUUUUCAUCCUAUGUUGGCCGUGGACUCAAUUCUGAGCAACUCAACAUGCUGGCAGAGAAACUUAUGGGGCAACAGGUCAGUUACAGUGACUACCAGCUCUCCUGGGCAAAGUUCUGCAAGGAACAUUUACCUGGAAAGUCUUUUACCUUUUGGGUUUGGCUUGAAGCUAUACUGGACUUAAUUAAAAAACACAUUCUUCCUCUUUGGAUUGAUGGGUACGUAAUGGGAUUUGUAAGCAAAGAGAAGGAACGAAUUUUGCUCAAAGACAAGACACCAGGAACAUUUUUAUUAAGGUUUAGUGAAAGCAAUCUGGGUGGAAUUACCUUUACUUGGGUGGAUCAGUUAGAAAAUGGAGAAGUAACAUUCCAUUCGGUGGAACCCUACAACAAAGGCCGCUUAGCUGCGCUGCCCUUUGCUGACAUACUGCGAGAUUACAAAGUUAUCAUGGCAGACAACGUUCCUGAAAACCCUCUGAAGUAUCUGUACCCAGACAUUCCCAAAGACAAGGCCUUUGGCAAACACUACAGCUGUCAGCCGAAUGAAGUCUCAAAACCCUCAGACGGAGGAGUCAAAGGUUAUGUUCCUUCUGUAUUUAUCCCAGUCUCCAAAAUCUUAAAUGAUUCUACAGAACCACAUUCUCCAUCAGAUCUUCUUCCAAUGUCUCCAAGCGUUUAUGCUGUGCUGAGAGAACAUCUGAGUCCCACAGCCAUCGAAACUGCUCUGAGUUCUCCUUACUCAACUGACUGAAGUUCACAUAUUGGAAAAAGAAGCAAUUGCGUGGACACUGCAUGGGUUAGAAGCAUAAUAAAUAUCUUUCCUGCCAUCACUGUAAAUCAUUAUUUCCUGGAAACCAUUAUGAUGCUAUUUUUGGGCCUCCUUCUGUUUUCAGUUCCACGUAAAACAGACAUUUUCCGCCUAGAGGUUACACAUAACCACCUGUAACUGCUGCCCACACUGAUAAAAGGCCAAAUCCAUCCCCAUUCGCAGGUCAUUUGAUUCAAGUGGGGUCCAGUAGGUAUGAAUUUCUUCCUGUGGAAUUACUGACCAUAGAAUUGUAAAUACAACAGUAUAAGAACAGAUUUUUUUUUUUUUUUUUUGCUUCUGAUAAUAGCAUAUAAGGACAACUAAAGACUUUAAGGUACUUGAGGAAAUCAGUUUUUAUUACAUUAAAUAGUUUGCUUAAUCAUCUCUUUAUAUACCCUCAGUUUAGCUUCGAUUUUAAAGUGAAGAUUCUCACCCUCCAAGUUCAGUUACAUUCAGGGUUUAUUUUUUUCCCAAGAUGAACUACCUCGAGCACAGACUGUCACCACAGCAGAAGAUCUGAGAGAGAGGAAAGCAACGCUAGGAAAAGCUGGGAUACUAUCUGGUACAUGCAGGCUGGGAAAACAGUUUCAAAAAACAAUCACCCAAGAGCUAUAGCAUUUUCUGUCCAUGGGCCAAUCAGUGAUACGUAACAAGGUUACACACCUGUCACAGUCUCAUUUCAUGAGCAGGAUAACUGGUUUUACACCACCUUUGAAAAAUGUUUCAUUUUGCUUGUUUUGGCAUAGAUUUAUGUUAGUUCAUCUGUUUGUUUUUCCCAGUAUUAUCUUUCAACAUUCUGUUAAUAGAAUAAUAAAAUGGCAGUUUCAGGGCCAUUGUCUUUCACGCAUGCAGCGUCAUUCAGAUUUAACUCGUGUGCAAAAUAAAUGGCUAAUGCAUACAAAGUUCUUUGAACACACACUUACUCAGGAAGUGCGUGAGGUGAAGAUGCUGAAUACAGACAUCUGGGAUGAAAACAACCCCCUUGCAUCAGUCAGACCUAGAUUUCAGUUUCAUUUCUCUUCUUUACUCCCCCCCCCCACCCAUUGAUGUUAGCAAGCAACAUCUCUGUUAGAAUGGAGAGAAAUUCUUUUGGGGCAUUGCUGAAAUAUCAGAUCAGACAUUAAAUGACCAAACAUCUCCAUAGUUGAUCAGUCUCAGUGAUUCCAAGCUAGCUGCAGAAUCAUAUUUCUUCUCGUGAAGCAUCACGUAGAAAUUAUUUUCCUUAACAGUGACUAUUGUGUAUAUAUGUCUGAAAACAACUGUAAUUUAUACGACCAGUAUGAAUAAAAAGUGUUUUUGGCUUAAAGUUGGACACCUGGAUUUUUGUGGAAUUCUCCAGGAUAAAAAUAGAGACAUGCAUCACCUAUAACCUAUGUCAGAAAAGACCUUCAAGACCACUUCUUUUGGUUGAGCACAAGUGCAAACUACAGCAACACAAGACUUCAACAGCAACAAAGUAAACUUCACCUCACACUGUAUCCUUUUUUUUCUGACCUGUUUUCGCCAUCUUAAUGCGAAUAAGAUGAAUUCUGCCCACCUAAAGGUCAUGAAAAAUGCAGUUUAAAAAAAAAUCACUCUUCCUCCCUUUCCUUUCUGCUCCCUGCACAAUUCAAUUAUUUUUCUUGUGUGGCUGAAUAGGAUUGCGGAUCAGGUUUUGGUAUCAGUUUUCUUUGUUUAAUUGGAAGGCGUACUACUUCAGCUCUGUUUGCCACUUUGAAGAGACAAAAGUUAUUUUCUUUAAAAUAAACAUAUACUGACAAA